UGCCGUGGUUUCAGCCGCCUCUUGUUUCUUGUGGCAACUGUCGUCGGGGAUGUAUGUAUGUGCAGCUGAAGGGUGUGUGUGUGUGUGUGUGUGUGUGUGUGUGUGUGUGUAAGCCGUGAUUCUUACAGCUGUGAGGAUAUAUGACGAAGUGAACGAAGGGAGGAAUGAGGUGUUGAAGGGUGGAUGUGGAUUAAUGUCGCUGCAGACGAGAAUCACAGCGAGUCAUCAUUUUCCUCUGAGCUGCAGAGAUCUGUGAGGACGACAGAAAGCAUCAUCACUCCAUCUUUGUUUGUGCACAGCGAGGACUAAAGGAGACACUGAAGGAGGGAGAGAAGGAGACACUGAAGGAAGGAGACAAGGAGACACUGAAGGAGGGAAGAAAGGACACACAGAAGGAGGGAGACAAGGAGACAUUGAAGAACCCCCUUAAGGAGACACUGAAGGGGGAGACAAAAAGACACUGAAGGACACCCUUAAGGAGACACUGAAGGAGGGACGAAAGGAGACAUUGAAAGAGACACUGAAGGCGGCAUGGAGGGAGUUUGAGUCAUUGCUGGUCCUCUGGUGUUUGGGGAGUCAUGACGUCUCAGGAGGAGGCGUCUUCCUUCAGGAGGUUUUUUCAGCACGUGGAGGACAGCGGCCUUCGAACAUAUGAUGGUCUGGUGAUCCAAAACGCCUCCGACAUUGCCAGAGAGAGCGACCGCAUUCGCAACCAGACCAACUGGACCUACCUGCAGGAAAAACACCAGAAGAAGAGACGACAGGAGGAAGCCAUCAAGAGGAUUGGUGAAGAUGUUGCCAUGGCAACAGAUGGGGCGUACUCUGGAAAACAUUUCAGGAUGGGUUUCAUGACGAUGCCAGCUAAGCAGGACCGCCUGCCGCCCCCCAGCCAGGGCUUCUCUGUCCGAUCCCAGUCCCUACACUCGGUGGGGGGAGGGGACGAUGACUGCAAUCCAAACCGAAAACAACCCCCACCCAAGCCCAAGAGAGACCCCAACACCAAACUGAGCAGCAGCUCCGAGGCGGUGAACGGAGGUUCAGGAGUCGCCAAGAGAGAAGCUCCGGAGGCCAAAGAGACGUCAGAGCAGGCUGAAGCUCGAUGCCAUCUCUACAAUGAGGACUACAAGAAGAUGCCUCCACCCAAACCCAAGAGGAACCCAAACACGCAGCUCAGCACCUCCUUCGACGACUCUUACAUCCGUAACCAUGGUAACAGGAAGUCUUCCUUGCGAUGGGACAAGUCUUCAUCCCAGAGUCCGGCGUCGAGGGACACGGACGACGAGGAGCCCGUCUACAUCGAGAUGGUGGGAAACAUCCUGCGAGAGCUGAAAGGUCGGGAAGCCGCGGAGGAUGAACAAAGCGAGGCGGUGUACGAGGAGAUGAAGUAUCCAAUGUUUGAGGACUUCCUGCAGGACACUCAUGUCGCUAUCAUGGACCCUGAAGCCUGGUCGUCCCGUGGCUCCCUCUGCGACAUCCCUCCGCCUUUCCCCAACCUCCUGACGCACCGCCCACCACUACUCGUCUUCCCUCCUGCCCCCGCUCAGUGCUCCCCCAACUCCGACGAGUCGCCCCUUACACCUUUAGACGUCACCCGGCUGCCCGUGAUGGAUAACGUCUCCUUCAGCAAGUCAGGCGGUGUCGAACAUCCGCAGAGCUCCACCCACCACCGCAAGGAACGAGACCGAGAUAGAGAUCUGCCAUCCACCCACACCAUCAUAUCCUCCGGCCGCUCGUCAGCUCCGCCUCUCCACUCAAACCUCUACAAGUCUUCUGGCUCCGCCCACAGUGGUCAUGGUUACCCCCGCAGCCAAUCAGCAUGUCCGUCUCCGGUCAGCAUGGGUCGCUCUCUGACUCCUCUGAGCCUGAAGAGGCCACCGCCAUACGACGCUCUGAUGGCAGAGGGAAGUAUGCCUCGCUCGUCCUCUUCUUCUUCCUCAUCCUCACACCGCGGGGGGGGGGAGGGCGGCGCUAAACUCAGUAACUCCUCCUCCACGCACGGCUCCAUGCAGAACGUGUCGAUGAGGUCACAGACUCCCACAAGCCCAUUGGAUGAACUCAACAACCUGUUUACCUCAGGAAGACAGGUGAUGAAAAAAGGGGCAGGGGGCAGGAAGAGCCGCGGGAGUGAAGAGACGGCAGACUCCACCGCCGCCUCCAUGAUCAGCUCCGUCUGA